UGCAAAAUAAAUGCCGGUUAGUCCUCAAAGGAAAAAAAAUAACACUAUCCAAUUAAGGACCGGACAGUAAAUAACAAAAUAGACUUUAAAAGACAGAAUCCUCAAUAUAGGUACACACUUUCUAGAUCUAGAUCUACCUAUUCUAGAUUGAAGUAAGCGAAGGGCUAAAUGAGAUAAAAGAAAAUGUGACAGUUAUUGAGAUCUUGUGAAGAACCCAAAACAAUGUAUUAUGCUUUACCAGUUUCGUUGAUCUAGUGACUUCUUUAAUUAAAAAGACAGUUAACAGUUAUUUUAUUUAGGCGAAUGAAAUUAAGACAAAUUUAAUGUUAGAACAAGAGGUAAUGUCAUGUGAAACUGACAUGGCAGGACAGUCCCCACUUGCUCUCAGUGUGCAGCAAGAAGUACAGUUACGUUUUCUUGGUCCUGCAGAUGUGGCUGAAGUAAAGAAACUUUGUAGAGAAUGGUUUCCAAUAGAAUAUCCAGAUUCGUGGUAUGAAGAGAUCACUUCCAACUCAAGAUUUUAUUCUUUAGCUGCCACCCAUCACGCUCGUAUUAUAGGUCUGAUUGUGGCAGAGCUUAAACCUCAAGGAAAACUGAACAAGGAAGAUGGUGAUCUACUGGCUAGCUACUAUCCACCCACUGCACAGGUUGCUUAUAUACUCAGUUUAGGAGUUGUUGGAGAUUUUAGGCGCAAUGGCAUUGCAUCACUACUGUUGGACAGCCUACUAUCAUACCUAACAUCUAAGGACCGUGCAGAUUGCAAGGCAGUGUAUCUUCAUGUGCUGUCCACUAACACAGUUGCUCUUAGAUUCUACGAGAGGCGCAGGUUUCGGCGGCAUCUCUUUCUACCAUACUACUACGCAAUACAAGGAAAAGCCAGAGAUGGAUAUUCUUAUGUGCUUUACAUAAAUGGUGGCGAACCUCCCUGGUCUAUUUUUGAUUAUUUAACACACUGCAGCACUGUAGUGACAAAGCUACAACCUUGUGCACUUCCUCGUCAAGUCUACAGUGCUGUCAGAAAUAUUGUCCAGCGUUUGUUAUCUAGAUCAGUGACGGAAGUCUCACACAACAGCUGAUGAACUUCUUUUGUAUAUCAGCUCAAUUUAAUCUUGCUAUUUUACAAACACUGGAUGUUUCUUCAACUUUUUGGAGCCAUGUUGUGAUAAGCACCUUCAAAUGGGGAAAAUUCAGUUGGUUUAAACAGGUCAUAUGUUGGCUCUUCUAGGGGAACAAAUAAGCAGCUUCAAGCAACAAUUCAGUUGGUUUGGAAUUAGAAGAGUUAACGUUUUGUCUAUUAUAGGGGAACAAAUAAGCAGCUUCAAGAGACUAUUCAGUUGGUUUGGAAUUAGAAGAGUUAAUGUUUUAUCUAUUCUAGGGGAACAAAUAAGCAGCUUCAAGAGAUUAUUCGUUUGGUUUUGAAGCGUUAAUUUAUUGUCUAUUCUAGGGGAACAAAAUAAGAUAGCUUACAAUGCAAUUUCACAUUGGGAAAACACUGUUAAACAUUGUGUUGUUUGCCUAAAGUUUAUUUUUUACACUGAUCAAUCUGUGAAUGCUUAUAAAAACUUGUAUUUAUUUUAUUUUUUUGCUGGCUUGACAGCUUACAUUCUUGUGACCAAUCAUUCAGUUUAAGUUGAAAAAAUACAUUUGUUUUGUAGUCUAGUCUUCACAAUCCCUUUGAUCUAUGGUAUAGAUCAUUGUAUUAGAUGUUUUAUUGCUCCACUCUAAUACUUGUAUACCACUAGUCCUGUGUUUGGGGUAUUAAAAACAUUUAUAUUGUUGUUGACCUUACACUAUCUUUAUUCAGUAAAUUUCUAUUGAGUAGUGAUAGUUUUUGUUUUUUAAAUCUUUACCCAUCAUUUUUAUCUCAUAGAUAUGUGAGGUGUUGUUAAUACUUCUUGUGAUAUCAGUUUCUUUUUCAAAGGUAUCAGACUGAUACAUUGUGAUGAAUAAGUGUAAUGACAGGUUUGAUGGAUUGGGCACCUUCAUGGUUUAAUUAACUGCAAGGCAUACAAUUUUUCAAAAAGGUAUCAAUAGUGUUCUAGAAUAUUUUUUUAAAGUGCCUUUAGCAUAACUAAUAUGCUGCUCCCUUAUUGCAAUGUGUAUCACUACAGAAGAUGGUAUAGUUAACUUUUUGUUCAAAUAAUGCAUUUCUCUGUGACUUCAUUUAUUUUCAGUGCACAGGGGUAAUUAUAUUUAUUCAUGUUUAAUUUUAACUGGUUUAUAGAGAAAAAUAGUUAAUGUGGGAUCAAAAAGUUAUUUGGCAUUUGACCUAUCAAUUAAUUACCAGAAUUUGUUGGUUUUGAGUAAUGAUUUGUACAGUGAAGAUUGUUUAAAAAGUUGACAUGUUUGUCUCUGUGCUAUGACUUAUGCUGUACUGUGAAAAAUGAUUCUGAAAGAAGGUUGGUUUUAAAUAACAUUUUCAUAUUUAAGACAAGUACACUUAAGUCAGAAUUUUCUUGCAAGUGUGUGUAAAGAACUAAUUAGAAGUAACAAAAAAAUCCCUAAAUUAAUACUCUGCAUGACCGCCACAUAAUUUGAGCUUGAUCUCAAAAUUGAGAGAGGUACAGGCCAACUCACAUUGUAGUAAAGUGUAAAGGGUCACAAGUUUUACAAGCCUACUCCAGUUCCACAUAAACUAGAAAAGAUGUAGCAUUUUAACUUAUGAUUUUUGUUCUGUCCAAAUGUUUCUCAAUUUAAAAGCUCCCUGUCAGCAUAACCAAUAUUUCAUGUGCUGCAUACUUAAGCAGAUAUAAUAUAUUAACAUAAUUAUUGUAAUGAUCAAAUGUUGAUAUACAUGUACAUUCUUCAUCAGUAUUUAACAGUUUUCUAAUUUGAAUAUUUAUAUUUAUUUUUCUACUUGAACAAAUCUGUGUAGUACUAUCAGCCAGCAUUGCUUUCAUCAAUCAAAUCAUCAUUCUAUCCAUAUUCUCAGUAUUAAACUCACCCAACUUAGCAUGUCAGCUCGGG